GGCUGGCGCGGCGGGCUGGGGGCGGGGCCGAGGCGCGCGCUCUCGCGGGCGGCAGGCGGCGGCGGCGGGAGCCGAGCGCGCGGGCCGCUCCCUCAGCGCGCGGGCGCGCGCGCCCUCCCCUCCCCGCCGCCAUGUCGGAGGAGAAGCCCAAGGAAGGCGUGAAAACGGAGAACGACCACAUCAACCUGAAAGUGGCGGGGCAGGACGGCUCGGUGGUGCAGUUCAAGAUCAAGCGGCACACCCCGCUCAGCAAGCUGAUGAAGGCCUACUGCGAGCGGCAGGGCUUGUCGAUGAGGCAGAUUAGAUUCAGAUUUGAUGGACAACCAAUUAAUGAAGCAGACACACCUGCACAGCUGGAGAUGGAAGAUGAAGACACUAUCGAUGUGUUCCAACAGCAGACGGGUGGAGCGUGCUAAGACGUGCCGUCCUUUUGAGAAGAGGAGUUUAAGGAUCCUCAUCACACCUCACUUUCUCAUCUGUCCUUGGAUUUGCUAUUAAAUAGUAAACAAAUGAACAUGCCAAUCACAUGGGAUUCUUCUAAACUUUAGAGGACAUUUACCAAAAUUGCUUGUUGUCUUUGACGUACUGCGUGUGCAAGUCAAAACAGUAUCUGCAGGGAUUAAUCUAUAUCUUAAAUUGGGCCAAUUUGAUUUAAGUUCAGAUUAAGUAAUAUGCAUUGUCUCUCUGCUGUUGUAUUUUUUUCCCUUUUUUUCUUUUUUUUUUCUUUUUUUUUUCCCUCUAAACCUGUGGCCUAAAUAUUCAUCCAUGUGUUAGGACAUGGAGUGUUCAUUGCUGGCUCUUGUCGGUCUUGCCCCUCUGUUUAAUUCUAACCAUGUAAAUAAUUCAAUAUAUUUUCAUGCCAAUCGUGAGCAUAAAAGUUUCCUUUUAAGAUAUGCCUACGGGAAGGAAAAGAGAUGCGGAUUUGAAGUUUUUAGCGUGUGUUGCAAACACAGUUACUUAGAAACGUUUAGCCUAUGACACAAGGCUGGUACAUGCAGAUACAAUGCUUAGUAUAGCGUCGGAGUUUAAAAUAUUGCAGAUUUACAUGUGCUUUGUCAUACUAUGAUGAAGUCGUCUGAAAUAUACUUUUUUAAUGCAGAAAUUAGAUUUGUCCUGAGUUAUUGUCAGAACCGGAGUUAGCGGAGCGGCUGGUCCAACACCUCAUGCUCGUGAUAGAGUAGCAGUGGUGGUUUUUUGUUGUGCAAGCUUAUAAAAAGAGCAGCCCGUCCCUGUGACCUCAGCAGCGUUUGCCCAAGCGAUGGGCAAACGCUGUCACUGCUCUCCUGCUCCCUUUAGCAUGUCUCUCUCUCUCUCAGUUGGUACUAGAAGCGUGCGGCCUCAGGUUUCUUUUUAAUACUUGGUUUUGGUAGAUAAACUUCAUCUAUAAAUGAGGAUUAAAAAAAAAGAAAAAAAAAUAAAAAAGGCGUUCUAAUGUCCCCGAGCUGUAUGUGCAGAAGAGCUGUCAAGACCCUGAGGAGCAAGGAGGUGUAUGCGUGUUCAAAAAAUAAUAACCUGCUCUACCGCCUCCCCAGAAUUUUCAGGAUCUUAAAGGCAUUUGUGUGGUGGGUGAGCUUCACACGCGGUGUGUCUCUGUGGGGACGCAGCGAGAGCUCUGCAGGCCCUGGAGUCUGUUCCAGGAGUGGUUUUGCUGAGGCCACCCUCUUGUCCCAGCUGCUGUACCCUGGGCUCCCUUUGGCCACCUUGGAUCGCCUCCUGCUUGCUGGAAAUCUUCCCGGAAAGGCCCGUAUUUUCUUUUUUCAUUUCCUUGCCCGUGGGCUGGGGUGGGAGGUCCGACAUCUCUCAUAUAGUCACUGAUUUGUACAUUUCAUUUAUUUGUUGUCCUUUCCUGUUGUAUACAGUAAAUCUAGUUUGGUACCUGGU